UUUAGUAAAACAACAUCAAGUGUUUCAUAUAGAGAAAGUAAGUCGUUUUUUUCUAGAAAUGAUUUAAUUUUUGCUCCUUUAGUGGAGAUUGACGGUGUUUACGUAAGGUCCAAGGCGGAAGUGUACGUCACAUAAAUGGCGCCGUGCAGCCGGCGGCAUUUGAAACAUCACGUUAAGAAAACAUGGCAGCUCGCUCGCUUCUUUACAAACUUCUACCCGCGUUGCGCCGCGGUUGUCCGUACCGCGCCUCCUUCAGACAGUCGCACCGGGAGGGCCCUGCGCCCGCCGCGCUGACCGGGAAAGUGGACCGGUUCGGGGGAGUGACGGUGGACCUGGCAACCUGCCUGCCAGAGGACAUUGGAGAAAGCUGCUUUAGUGCGUUACUGAAAGGGUCCGUGGCCCGGUGGAAGGAGGAGGGGAAGGUGGCCGUGUGGCUGCGGGUCCCCAUCGCCUUGAGCCGCUGCGCUGCAGCCGCCGCCGCCCACGGCUUCGUCUUCCACCACGCCCGCGACCGCCACGCCGUCUUGGCCCUGUGGAUGGGGGGAGGGCCGAGCAGACUGCCGGGCUUCGCUACACACCAAGUUGGAGUCGCAGGCGCCGUUGUUGACGAGUCCAACGGGAAAGUUCUGGUGGUGCAAGACAGAAACAAGACUUUGAACGCCUGGAAGUUCCCCGGCGGUUUGUCCGAUCCAGGGGAGAACAUCGGCGUGACGGCGGUGCGGGAGGUCUUGGAGGAAACGGGCGUGCACUCGGAGUUCCGGUCCCUGCUGAGCAUCCGGCAGCAGCACCAGCACCCGGGCGCCUUCGGCAUGUCCGACAUGUACAUCAUCUGCCGCCUCAGCCCGCUCACCUACCACAUCCACUUCUGCACCCAGGAGUGUCUGCGCUGCGAGUGGCUGGACCUGGCCCAGCUGGCCCGCACCGCCCAGACCACGCCCGUCACGGCCCGCGUGGCCCGGCUGCUGCUUCACGGCCUGGAGCGAGGCUUCCAGCACAUCGACCUCACCAGGGAGGAACUACCGGCCGUCUACUCGGGGAUGUUUUACCAGCUCUACCACCGACCGCUGCCUCCGUCUCAGGCCUCUUAGUCCAAGACUGGACCCGGUUUUACUGGCUUGCUGUGCAUUAACACUAAUCACCAGGACUAGCGACAUAAAGAACUGUUUGUUUAGACCAGGUGUGACUUCCAGACGGGAACAUUUGACAACCGGUUGACCUCACAUUGCGACUAAACACCAGAGCAGAGAAAGCAAACUCCGCAUGAAGUAGCAGACUUUGGCAGCUUGUUUGCGUCUCAAUCCUAAUUCUCACUUUUACCCUCGUCUUAAAGGCCUACUGAAAGCCACUACUACCGACCACGC